AUGAUAAAAGACAUAAUUAUCAACUUGCACAGAGAGAAUCUCCCGUACACGCCCGUGCUCUUUAACAACAUAAAAAGAUCUCUGCAGCUUCUGAGGAGGCUGCUGCACCGAUAUCCGCAGGGCAGCAUAUUUACAAGCAGUGUAAUAAGAAAGAUGAUGAGCAGCCAAAAGAGAGCCACAUCAGAGGAGGUCACCGACUGGCUGGACUUUCUAUCGCAGAAAUAUCUGUUCGAGGUAAGAGAGAAGUACGGGAGCAAUACAAAGAGACAGUACCGAACGAGCGGAUAUGCCAUGAAAGUAAAGAGUGGGCUCCUAUGA